UAAUGGGGGAGAAAAGAAUCGACAAAUAUCUCUUCAAUCCUAAAGAUCUUAUCGGAGAAGGUUCAUAUGCUCAAGUGUUCAGAGGACGAGAGGAGAAGACAGGAGUCAAAGUGGCCAUUAAAGUAUUGAACAAAUCAGUCAUCAAUGCGUAUAAAUAUUUGACAAAUGUUAAGCGAUGAUUAUUUAAGAGAAGGUUUGAUAUCAGAAAUCAAAGUGAUGUAGAAAUUAAAGAGUCCAAAUAUUGUACAACUAAUGGAUGUGAUGGAAACUAAUAACAAUUAUUAUAUAAUUCAAGAAUAUUGUGAUAGUGGAGAUUUGGAUAAAAUGAUAGAAAAGUAUCAAUACACAAUAAUCUAGUUAUGUAUCAUAAAAAAAGACUAUGCCUGAAAAGGAUGCUGUCAAAUUUAUGAUUGAUAUUUUAAAUGGAUUUAUUUAGCUAAUUAAAAAUGGAAUCAUUCACAGAGAUCUCAAACCUGCCAAUAUCCUUAUAGAUAAAGGAGUAUUCUUAUUAAAAUCAUUUAGACAUUCAAAUUAGCAGAUUUUGGAUUUGCAAAAUGUGUUGACAAUUUUAAAAAGGAUAUGUUGGCAUCAUUAGUAGGAACACCACUAUAUAUGUCUCCUUAAAUUUUGGAUAACAAAAAAUAUACUUCAAAGACAGAUAUUUGGAGUAUAGCAUUUAUUUUUUAUGAAGCAUUGUUUGGCAAAAGUAUUUCAUUUACUAAUUAUAUUUUUUAGCUCCUUGGACUGCUAGAUCACCAUAAGAAUUGCUUAAAAAUAUUAGAAAUUAACCUCUCCAAUUCAAAGGACCAUAAAUUUCAAAAGAAGCUCAAGAAUUCUUAAUUGGAUGUUUAUAAGUUGAAGAAAAAGAUAGAUUUUCAUGGGAUGAUAUCUACAGACAUCCACUCUUUAAAGGACAUUUUACAGAUUUUAUAAAAAAUGUUAGUAUUCUUGAAGAUAAAGCAACAUAUCUCAUUAAUGAUAUAAGAUUAAUGAUUAUUAAAGAAUAAUUAGAUAUAGGGGAGUUGUUUGCUGAAUUAGAUAUGACUAAAGAUAAAGCAUUAAAUGUAAAUGAACUUGGAAAAUUCUUAACAAGAGUUGAUAAAAAUUUAACAAGAGAAGAAAUUGAAUAUAUAUUUAAUAAAUUUGAUGAUGAUGGAAAUAAUUUAAUUGAAUUUAAUGAAUUUAAAAAAUGGUUAGAAGAAAAUGAUGUAACUAUAAAUUAAUACAUAAAUAUAGUGUAGAAUGACUGCUUCAGAAGUCAGCAGAACUAAGAAGAAAGUUAGUAUUCUUUUGAAACCUUAAUAAGAUAUAUAGGCUGGAUCACUUGAUGAUAGAGCUAGAAUUGUUAUUGAAAAAUUGAAAACAUCAAUUAUCAAAUAUAAUAUCAACCUUUUAGAUUUAUUUAAUAAGGUAAUUGUAUUUUUUUUUGAUUUUAAGUAUGAUAAAUCAGCAAAUCAUGAACUAGAUGUUAUAGAACUGGGCAAAUUAUUAAAACGUAUAGAUUCUUCUGUGACAGAUGAAGAAUGCAAAUCCAUUUUUAGUUUUUUUGAUCAUAAUAAAGAUGGAUCAGUUUCAUUUAAUGAAUUCGAAUUUGUUUUGAAAGAAUGCUUAGUUAAAUAAAAGUUAAAACAACAGCAAUGAU